AUAGCUUCGUGGCCCGCGCGCGCGCUUCUCUCCGGCGCGGGCACCGGCGCGGGCCAUGGCUUCAGCUUCCCUGUUAUCCGCGCUGGCCGUGCGGUUGCUGCGUCCUGCGCAUGGCUGCCACCCUCGCCUGCAGCCCUUCCACCUAGCGACAGUGCGAAAUGAAGCUGUCGUCAUUUCUGGAAGGAAACUGGCCCAGCAGAUCAAGCAAGAAGUACGCCAGGAAGUAGAAGAGUGGGUGGCCUUGGGCAACAAGCGGCCACACCUCAGUGUCAUUCUGGUUGGUGACAAUCCUGCCAGUCACUCCUAUGUUCUCAACAAAACCAGGGCAGCCGCUGAAGUGGGGAUCAACAGUGAGACGAUUGUGAAACCGGCCUCCGUUUCAGAGGAAGAGCUGUUGGAUUCGAUCAGGAAAUUGAACGAUGACGAAAACGUAGAUGGCCUCCUCGUUCAGCUGCCACUCCCAGAGCACAUUGAUGAGAGAAAGAUCUGCAAUGCUGUUUCUCCUGAUAAGGAUGUUGAUGGCUUUCAUGUCAUUAAUGUGGGGCGAAUGUGCUUGGACCAGUAUUCCAUGCUACCAGCCACCCCGUGGGGCGUAUGGGAGAUAAUUAAGCGAACUGGCAUUCCAACCUUAGGAAAGAACGUGGUGGUAGCUGGCAGGUCAAAAAAUGUUGGCAUGCCAAUUGCCAUGUUGCUGCACACAGAUGGAGCACACGAACGGCCUGGGGGUGAUGCCACAGUUACAAUAUCUCACCGGUACACUCCCAAAGAGCAGCUGAAGAAGCACACGAUCCUGGCGGACAUCGUGAUAUCUGCUGCGGGCAUUCCAAAUCUGAUCACAGCCGACAUGAUCAAGGAAGGAGCAGCAGUCAUCGAUGUGGGAAUAAACAGAGUUCAGGAUCCGCUCACUGCAAAGCCCAAGUUGGUUGGCGAUGUGGACUUUGAAGGAGUCAAGAAGAAAGCCGGCUACAUCACUCCUGUGCCUGGGGGUGUCGGCCCCAUGACAGUGGCCAUGCUCAUGAAGAACACCAUCAUCGCUGCCAAGAAAGUGCUGAGGCCCGAAGAGCUGGAGAUGCUGAAGGCCAAGCAGCGAGGCGUCGCCACCAACUAGCAGCACUCCGCGCCAGUCUGAGAGGCAUGGUGGGCCAAGAGGGAUGCAGGGUUAUUUUUUUUUUUUUAAUUUAUUCUGUCAAAAUGAUUUAAAAUGACGUGUGUAUUUAUUGAAAGCUUAAAACGGGUGGGUGUGUGCUCGCGUGGCUCUGCAGAACCUCACCAGGGUGCCCAUCAGUGUCCUCCUUUGACCUGGUGAUGCAUGGGAGACGCCCUCACGCUGAGAAGGGAUGCUGAAAUUGAUCCAAAAAAAAAAAAAUCUGCCUUCUUAGGCUCUCAUUUCCCAAGUGCUAUUUCAAUACGAGUUGAUGACUCAUCUUAGGUCCCAGGCCUUUGAGUUCAACUUUCAAACCAAAGGAAAACUUAUUAGAGAAAACUGGGGAAAAGGAGGAAGCAGCAGCACCUCACUUCUGUCUGUGUGUGCCGGCUCGUAACCAGCUUUCCCCAAGGAGAGCCCAGUUGGCGGGCCUGGUAGACAAAAGCCCAGCGUUCCUAGCUGUGCCCCUGUGUCACUGGGGAAGGUUUAGGGUCUCCCCAUUUGCUGUUACCCUCAUUUGAUCUGUUAUCUUUCUGUGAGCUUGCCCCAUUUUAGUUUUCUAGAUCGUUUUAUAAACGAUGUGUUGUCUUGUUCUGCUUGUGCAGUACGCCCAAAGUUUAAGUU